GGGGUGCCCGGUGCGGGGCGCGAGCCCAGGCGCCGCCUCCAGCGCGUUUCCAUGGCGACCGCAGCCUCGGUCUCGCCGGCAGCCCCUGCCCCGCCCGGCUGCGAAGAGUCUGGAAGCGCGUCCUCCGCAUCCACAUCCGCAGCGUCUCCUCCCGGACCCGUCCUGCGGCAGCCGCCGGCGGAGCCGCCCGUGAGCCGUUUGCACGUUUCUCCCCGCGAGCGGGGCGGGGGCCCGGGGGUGCGCGGUGCGAGGCGCGAUAAGGGCCGCUGUCUACCAUGGUGAAGCUGGGCUGCAGCUUCUCUGGGAAGCCAGGUAAAGACCCUGGGGACCAGGAUGCGGUCACCAUGGACAGUGUACCUCUGAUCAGUCCCUUGGACGUCAGCCAGCUCCAGCCGCCACUCCCUGAGCAGGUGGUCAUCAAGACGCAGACAGAAUACCAGCUGUCCUCCUCAGACCAGCCGAAGAAGUUCCCUGACCUGGAGGGCCAGAAGCCGAACUGCAGCCACCCAGAGGAAGGGCGCAGGCUGCCCACGGGACGGAUGAUCGCCUUCACCAUGGCGCUGAUGGGCUGCGUGCUGAUCCUGUACAAGGCCAUCUGGUACGACCAGUUCAGCUGCCCCAACGGCUUCUUGACUCGGCACAAGCUGUGCGCGCCGCUGACCCUGGAGAUGUACUACGCCGAGAUGGACCCGGAGCGCCACCGCAGCGUCCUGGCGGCCAUCGGGGCCUACCCGCUCAGCCGCAAGCACGGCACCGAGCCGCCGGCGCCCUGGGGGGACGGCCACCGCGCCAACAAGGAGGAGCGCAAGGGGCCCACCCAGGCUGGGGCGGCGGCGGCCACCGAACCCCCCGGGAAGCCGUCCGCGGAGGCGGAGAAGGAGGCGGCGGGGAGCGCAGCGCCCCCGCCCGCGCAGUGACGGUCCCCCGCCCGCAGCCCGGCCCGGGCGCCCCCCGGCAGCUCCUGUGACCAGCGCGCCGCCCCCGCUCUCCAUGUUCGUGUCUCGCCCCAGGCGCCCUCGCUGCAGCCCCGCCCGCUGGGUCUCUGACUCUGUCGUUUUCUCUAAGUAAAGAUUUCGCGUCGUC